AUGUUGCAGAAAAAACAAAUUAUACUUUACGAAAAUAACGACAAUGUUGAUACUAAAGAAGAAACGUCAUUUUCAUCUCAGUCAAGGCAACAAACAGCAACAGAAAAACUUGACCAAAGUCAGUCAACAAGUGAAAUUCUUAAAGAACAUUUUGACCCAUCAGAAAUAUUAAGUCGACUUGAGCAGAUAGAGACAGCCAUAUCUUCUCUACAAGACGUCAGUCGACUUGAGCAGAUAGAGACAGCCAUAUCUUCUCUACAAAACGUCAGUCAACUUGAGCAGAUAGAGACAGCCAUAUCUUCUCUACAAGACGUCAGUCGACUUGAGCAGAUAGAGACAGCCAUAUCUUCUCUACAAGACGUCAGUCGACUUGAGCAGAUAGAGACAGCCAUAUCUUCUCUACAAGACGUCAGUCGACUUGAGCAGAUAGAGACAGCCAUAUCUUCUCUACAAGACGUCAGUCGACUUGAGCAGAUAGAGACAGCCAUAUCUUCUCUACAAGACGUCAGUCGACUUGAGCAGAUAGAGACAGCCAUAUCUUCUCUACAAGACGUCAGUCGACUUGAGCAGAUAGAGACAGCCAUAUCUUCUCUACAAGACGUCAGUCGACUUGAUCGUAUAGAGACAACCAUGUUUUCCAUACAAGUCACCAAUAUCAAGUCUACAGAUGACAUAUCAGAAAUAAAACAAUGGAGAGACAGCUUAGUAAGAGAACUGAGUAAAAUGGGGGAGCUAAACAAAGAAAUUGAAAGUUUGAAAGAAUUAGAGUCAAAGACAUCGCUAGAUAUGAAAAAAUAUGAAAACUAUUUACUCAAAAUAGAUAAGGAGAUGCAAGAUCAAACAGAUUAA